AUGUUUCCUCCGUUAUUACGAAACCUCCUUUCUGGGACCCUUCCUUCCCACUGUGAACCGACCUCGCCCUUCCUGACCGCCGUCUCCUCGCAUCUCCACAUCUGUAUCCCCACCCCUCUCGCGGCGAUCUCAUCCGUUCUUGGGACCCUCAGCAUAGUCUCAUGGCUCUUCGCACAACUACCCCAGAUUUAUAAGAACUUCCAAUUGCAAUCGACGUCGGGCUUAUCAAUAUUUUUCUUGGUAAUCUGGUGUCUUGGUGAUGCGAGCAACCUCGUUGGAGCGCUAUACACCCGGCAGGCAGGGUGGCAGGUGGUGAUUGCCGGUUAUUACGUCUUUGUUGAUAUCACUCUGGUAUUCCAGUUCUUCUGGUACACCCAUUAUAAAGCUCGCCGAAAUGAUUCGUAUAGCAACCUGCCACACUCGCACGACUCGGCGCGAGGAGUCAUUCAAGGCGUGCCUCUUCCAGGCGACGAAUCAGCACGUCAGACCCCAGCUCCCGUCAAGAUGGACAACAAGCGCUCCGAGGCCAAGGAUAUGGGCUUCCAGGUAGGAUCGGUACUUAACUCGAGCCAUGGGCAAGCGGCCUCAUACUCAAACGAGAAAUUGAGCUCCUCGCGUCGAUCCGUGAGGAUGAGCAGCAGCGCGCACAGCCUGCCAUUCGCACUGCCCCGCACGAUGCUCAUGGCAUCAUUGCUCUGUGCCGUACUCGCCAAUGCUGCUCCCACUGAUAAACCUCAUCCGCCCAUUUCUGACGUACCACAGGAGGCCCUCGUCGAGAUCAUCGGCCGCGUCUUCUCCUGGAUGUCAACAAUCCUGUAUCUCGGCUCGCGCCCUCCACAGCUAUACAAGAACUAUAAGCGCAAGAGCACCGAAGGUCUCUCCCCACUGCUCUUCAUGGCCGCCUUCUGUGGGAACCUGUUUUACUCCAGCUCGUUGCUCACCAACCCGAACGCUUGGUCCGAUUUUUCCCCAUACGGCGGUGGCGGUUGGGCUGAUGACCACGGUAACGACCGUCUGGAGUGGAUCGGACGCGCUACCCCGUUCUUCCUGGGUGCCUUCGGUGUCUUGGGACUCGAUGGGUUCAUGGGCGUUCAGUUUCUCAUGUAUGGCGAUGGUCCGGACCACGACGAUGGGGGUGAUCCAAAACGCGGUCGAGACCGUUGGAGGCAUGUUCACGGCUGGAUGCGCGGUUGGAUCCCCUCUUAUUCGCCUCGGAGAGAGUCCGGGGUAUCUUCGGUCCCUCGAGAGGGACAGGCUCUGUUGGGCGCAGAGCGUGGCCAAUACGGCACUGUCUGA